ACCAUGUAAGGAGCACGCGCAGGAGUAUCGCGUGAAGUAAACGUGUGCUGGAUGAGGAAGGUGGAAAUGACUGUGAAAUUGUUUUCUUUUAAUUCAACGAUUGGUUCCAGUUGGGUUCGUUCAGUGUCUCACGCAUUUCAAUUCAUUAUUUAUUAAUUACACGAAUCAACGAAACAGAAGCCGAAUUGAAAUGCUGCUGUUGAACUUAACUCACUCGUGACUCCUGUGAAGAGUGAAAAACCAUAUCGUCUACGGUUUCUUUUCGUUUCGCUCACAGCUUCACCUUCUCUCUCUGUAGAGAAUGGAACCAGAAUCUGGAACUUCCGCUUCUCGGAAUCCUUCUCAGUUGUCCUGGGUGAAUCUCUCUCGGAAUCUAAUAUUAGCAUAUCAAAGCUUUGGUGUGGUGUAUGGGGAUCUGAGCACUUCACCUCUCUAUGUGUUCACGAGUGCGUUCAGGGGAAAGUUACUGGAUCACCAUGAUGAAGAAACAAUAUUUGGCACUUUUUCGUUGAUUUUUUGGACCCUUACUCUGAUUCCGUUGCUUAAAUAUGUAUUCAUCUUAUUGAGUGCUGAUGACAACGGGGAAGGUGGAACAUUUGCUCUUUAUUCUCUGCUCUGCAGACAUGCCAAGUUUAACUUACUCCCCAAUCAACAAGCAGCUGAUGAGGAGCUAUCAUCCUAUAAAUAUGGCCCAUCUUCACAGGCUGCAGCCUCUUCUCCAUUGAAGAGGUUUCUAGAGAAACAUAAAAGGUUAAGAACAGCCCUGCUUGUUGUGGUACUGUUUGGUGCUUGCAUGGUCGUUGGUGAUGGUGUGCUUACUCCAGCAAUUUCAGUUCUUGCAUCAGUAUCAGGAUUAAAAGUGACAGAAAAGAAAUUAACAGAUGGUGAACUUGUCCUGCUUGCCUGUGUCAUAUUGGUUGGACUGUUUGCUCUCCAACAUUGUGGCACGCACAAAGUAGCAUUUAUGUUUGCUCCAAUUGUAAUUAUCUGGCUUGUAUCAAUAUUUUCUGUUGGGCUGUAUAAUACAAUUCAUUGGAAUCCACAAAUAGUCCGUGCUAUAUCACCAUAUUAUAUCAUAAAGUUUUUUAGCAAGACUGGUAAAGAAGGUUGGGUUUCUCUUGGAGGGAUACUUCUCUGUAUCACUGGAACUGAAGCUAUGUAUGCAGAUCUUGGUCAUUUCACUGCUUCGUCAAUAAGGCUUGCAUUUGCGUUUGUUAUAUACCCAUGUUUGGUAGUACAGUACAUGGGCCAAGCUGCUUUCCUGUCUAAAAACCUCAACUCUGUUGAUAACAGUUUUUAUGACUCGAUACCUGAACCUGUAUUUUGGCCUGUUUUUGUUAUUGCCACCCUUGCUGCUAUUGUUGGGAGUCAAGCGGUUAUAACUGCAACUUUCUCAAUCAUCAAGCAGUGUCAUGCACUUGGUUGCUUUCCCCGUGUUAAAGUUGUACACACCUCAAAACAUAUAUAUGGACAGAUCUAUAUCCCAGAAAUCAAUUGGAUACUUAUGAUCUUAACUCUUGCUAUAACCAUUGGAUUUCAGGACACAACCAUAAUUGGAAAUGCAUAUGGACUUGCUUGUAUGACAGUUAUGUUUGUAACUACAUUUCUGAUGACACUAGUCGCAAUCUUUGUCUGGCAGAAAAGUGUAUUCAUUGCUAUAGCAUUUCUUUUAUUCUUUUGGGUGAUAGAGGGAGUAUAUCUAUCAGCAGCAUUCAUCAAAGUGCCUCAGGGAGGAUGGGUUCCUCUUGUCUUAUCGUUCUUCUUCAUGGCUGUUAUGUACGUGUGGCAUUAUGGAACUCGUCGGAAGUACAGCUAUGAUCUGCACAACAAAGUUUCAUUGAAAUGGUUACUGGGCUUGGGUCCGAGCCUUGGCAUUGUUCGUGUCCCAGGGAUUGGUCUCAUCUAUACUGAACUAGCUACCGGAAUACCUGCUAUAUUUUCCCAUUUUGUAACAAACCUUCCUGCAUUUCACAGGGUGCUAGUUUUUGUUUGUGUAAAAUCAGUUCCUGUUCCAUAUGUUUCACCUGAAGAACGUUUCCUUAUCGGGCGAGUUUGUCCCAGACCAUAUCGAAUGUAUAGGUGUAUUGUCAGAUAUGGUUACAAGGACAUUCAAAGGGAUGAUGGAGAUUUUGAGAAUCAUCUUAUACAGAGUAUAGCAGAAUUUAUCCAAAUGGAAGCAGUGGAACCCCAGUUUUCAAGUUCUGAAGCUUCUUCACUUGAUGGGAGGAUGGCUGUUAUAAGUUCUAGAAACUUAGAAUAUACUUCAAGUUUAAUUGUUUCAGAGCAAGAGGAUGUUGGCGUGGACAUAUCCAUCCCUAGCAGCAGAUCUGUAACCCUAAGAAGUUUGCAAUCGGUCUAUGAUGAUGAAAGCCCACAAGUUAGAAGGCGAAGAGUAAGAUUUCAGCUACCAGAAAAUCCUGGCAUGAAUCCAGAUGUCAAGGAAGAGCUUUUGGAUUUAAUUCAAGCCAAGGACGCUGGGGUUGCAUAUAUCAUGGGGCACUCGUAUGUGAAGGCAAGGAAAUCAUCCUCAUUCCUGAAAAAACUUGUGAUUGAUAUUGGCUAUUCAUUUCUGCGGAAGAAUUGCAGGGGUCCAGCUGUAGCUCUUAACAUUCCUCACAUUAGUCUUAUCGAAGUUGGAAUGAUAUAUUAUGUGUAGUAUUUUAGGUCUUGGUGAAAUUUACACUUGAUCCUAGUUGAUCCAUAGGUUCUAUAUUCCUUGUAGGUAAUUAAUUGUGGCCCUACUCAUGGAAAAAUGUAUCAGAGCGUCUUUUUGGCUACGUGUUUAUAUUUGCUUUUGCUUCUCUCCCAAUGUAAUUAAAUAGUUGCAAUAAGGUAUUAGAAUUUUAUUUAGGAA